UUAAUGUUAUAUUUAGAACCAAUUAAUAGUACCCACCCUUUAAGAAUUUAUAUUACUGUGUUUCCAUUGGAUAUAUUUUCAUAUCCUUUUUCUAUUCAGAAUCAAGGGAAUAAAUAUCUACAUCGUGUUUCUGAACUAUCUCCUCAAUCAGGUUAUAUAACUUUAAAAGGUUCAUCCAAAUUAGUGUUACCAAAUGGUAUUAAAUAUUUUACCCCAUCUAUUUUAUCAGAUAUUACAAAAACAGCAUUUUCACCGUUAUACCCAUCAAAAUUUUUAAAUCCCAUUUGGACACCAUCCAAUGUAAUUUUUGGUGAUUUUUAUGAAUCAAUUAAAUUACUGGUACCUCCCUUUAAUGAAUUUAAACCAAAUUCUUAUCAGUUUUCAUUUAUACUUUCAGAAAAAAAUAUUGAUAUUUAUUAUAAAUAUCAAGAUUUCAAAGUAAUUAAAAAUUCAACUUUAAUUUUAGAUUCCACUUUAUACAAUAAAGAUGGAAAGCUAAUUGAAUUAAGUAUAAAGUUUGAUCAAGUUUAUUCAAGUUUAGAAUGUGAUGCUAAUGAAUUUAAAUUAGUUACUCGAUAUAUAAAUGAUAUCAAAAAAAAAUUACUAGAAACAAAUGAUAUUGAUGAAUCAACAAAUUUAAGAUUCAAUCUAGAUUAUUUACAUUCAACUGAUUUUUGGAUAAAGUGCAGAGAUAAAGUUAAUAGUUACUUUAUUAACCAACCUCAACCAGAACAAAUAUUGGUUAAAAAUUGUAUACAUUCACCAAGUGAUCCAGAGUUUGCAACCAACCCAUGCUGUAGCCCAAAUCAAUCAUAUUAUCAAUGCUGUAAUCCUACACCAAUUAAUGUAACAUAUAUAACGCCUAUUGAUAAAAAUAAUCAUUUGAUCGGUGAAGAAUGUUUAAGUCCUGAAUGUACAAAAUCUGUUUUAAAUGAAUACGAAACGACCCUAUGGAUGGAUAGGGUUGAUAUAUGCAGUUCUUCACAAUUUUCGAUUUUAAAUAUUGGCUUUUCCACAACAAAUAAAAUUAGAAUAUGUAAGAAUGUUAUAUACUCGCCUAUUUGUUCAAAAGAUUCGGAUUGUAAAGAAUAUGGUAAAAUAAAGAAAUGUAAUUUGUAUACUAGAAAAUGUAUAGCCGAUUUCGAAAGCAUUGAUAAAAGCUACAUCAAAUGUGUUUUGGAAAAAUUGUCAAUUUCAUCUCUUUUUUAUCUUACAAAUUCGACAUCUUUUAAUAGUGAUACAAUCGAUACUUUAUAUAAUAAUCAUUUAUCCUCAGAUUGUGUAGGUAGUAUAUCAAUUAUGGAUCGUUCGACAUACUCAUUUUAUUCACCCAACUACAAAAAUAGAUGUAAUAAAAAUUCUAAUUGUCUGGAUUAUUCUUGUUUACUAACACAUGACAUUUGUUUUGAUGUUUUAACUGGAAUGUCUUUUCAUAAAACUUCAAGUGACCAUUGUGACAAUUAUGGUUUUUGUAGAAGCUUACCCUGCACCAAUUCUUUAGAAUGUAAAACACAAUGUAAUGAGGCACCAUCUUCUUUUUGUGGUUAUUGUACUGAUGAAAAUCUUACUCAAUGUCAUAAUUUAAAUAGUAUUACAAACAAAAACGAAUGCGAAACUCAUAGUUCAAUAUGUUUAUUACCCAAUGGUGCAAUUUUAACAGGAAAAACUGAAAAGGAAUGUACUGAAACUUAUGGAGAGUGUUCACAUAAUAAUUGUGGCGAUAUUUCUUGCACCUCUAUUUUCGAUGGGGUUGAUUCUGGGUGCUUCGUAAAUUUUCCAAAGGAAAUAUGCUUGCUAGCCAAUGGUACAUUUUUGGGCUCAGAAUUCUAUACAAUCUGCUUACUUAACUUAGACCAAGUAAAUUGUAAAAAAAUUGGUUUAGAUUGGAUAGAUUGUGGUUCAAAAUCAGUUGGAGAGUGUGGUGGAAGUUAUAAUUUUCCACUUGUAUGCACUGAAAUGUACUCUGGCAAGUGUAACAAAUCUCAAUGUGAGUCUAUAGCUGGUGAAUGUUCUGAUAAAUAUUUCUUUUCACCAAAUUCUAAUCCUUAUUAUCCAAGUGGUUUGGGUAAAUGUGUUCAUAAACACUCGGAAAUAAGAAAUUCUAUUCAAUGCGAUUAUUAUGAAAAUGAUUCACCAGAAGGGUGUUACUAUUAUGAACCAAUAUAUUUUAGAAAAGAAAUAUGUGAAGCAAAUAUUGGUUAUAAAUGGUGGACCCCAGCUUUAACAAAAGAGGAAUGUAUUUCAAAAUAUGGUUGUCUCACUAUGUUAGACCCAAGUUUAAUUGUACCACAAUUUAAUAUAAAAUUUAAUGAAAUGAACAAAGAAAUGUGCAAGGGAUGUGUUAAUUCUUUUAAUGAAUGGAUGCCAAAGUAUUAUUGGACUGCAGGAACAUGGCAUCCAGGUGUUUACGUUAAACCAAAAUGGAUCAAUAACCAAUAUAUUUCAAAUAUAAAAAACCCUAAUACAUUUAAUUAUCAAUUGUUUUAUGAAUCAGUUGAAAAAACUAUCAAAAAUCAAAAAAUAGAAAUUUAUCGUACCCAAUCCAUUUGCAGAAAUGAAAGAGCUCAGUUAUCAAUCGAACAAGUAAUGUGUAGCUGUAUUGAAAACAAUGAUUUAUCCCAAGGUAAUGCCUCACAAUGUUUCCAAUCAUCAGGGGCACCUUUGAUUUUUCAAUCAAAUAUAUGUAAUAGUAUAAGAUAUGAAACCACAUUUGUUUUCGGAAAAGUUAUAUUCGAUGGAAAUAAUAUUAAUCAAACAUGCCAACCUAUAGUCGUAUCUUUAGUUAGUAAACAAGGGUAUAUAUUAUCAAUUCCUGAAUCUUUAGCAUCCAAUUUUGUAUCUUAUAAAAAACCACCAAGUUUUUCUCUUUUAAAUUCUAAAAAUGCUACCAUUGGUUAUUUGUUGAGCGAUGGUAUUAAAAUUCAAUCGAGUGAAGGUAUUGACCAAGUGGAGAUUUGUUUUGUUAAAUCAAUGUUGGGAAAUAGCCAUGAUGAUUUUCCAGUAAUGGAUGUUGCUCUUCAAAUUAAUAAUCAAACAUCACCUCUACCAUUAGAAUUCCCAAGUGGCAAUAUUAAUAGUACGGAUAAUAAUUAUAUUUGUUUUAAUGUGCCUAAUGUUCCAAAAGGUGAUUCAACUUACUUUUUAAUUUCUCGUAUAAAUGAUAAAGAUUGGAAAACUAAAACAAAAGAAAUUUUCGAUAAAGAAACUAAGGUUUUGAUGUAUAUAUUAGCUGUUAUAUUUUUAUUGGUUUCUUUAUUUGGUUUAUACGAAAUUAUAACUAUAAUCAUAUUUUAUUUUAAAAAAAUUAUAAUACAAUUCCAAUUAAUUCAAUCAUUAAUUAUAAUUAUAACAUUAUUUAUUUUAAUUAGAACAAUAUAUUUCUUUUUAUUAGCUAAUGGUAAACUUCAAGAUAACCCUGUUUUAGAUUAUAUUUUAGUGGUUUUACCCACUUUUAUUUAUUUUACAGCAUUUAGUUCAUUAAUUGUUUUAUGGUACACAAUCGUAUUUUUGGUUUUAAGAAAUAAUAGUGGAACUGGUGUUACAAAAAAAUUAUAUUCAAUUGUUAUCACUGUUAAUAUAAUAUUAUAUUUAUUCUUUAUUGCCAUUGUAUUGGUAUUCCAAUACACUCCAUCUUCACCAAGGAAUGAUUGUGCUGGUCGUAUUGUCAUGGCCAAUGAAGCUUCACCUUCACAAAAAGCAAUUAGUUUAGCGUAUGCUAUUGUACAAGCGGGUCUCAGUUUGGUUAUUUCGGUUGCAUUUAUAUAUUUAGGUAGAAGUCUUUAUAAAACGAUAUCAACUAGUAAAAAAAACCUCUCGAACACUAAACACCAGAAAAAGAUCUUUUUAUUGUCUACAAUAUGCUCAGUUGGUUUCUUUCUACAUUGUAUAUUUGUUAUAGUUUUGGUUACUAAUAUAUCAUCUAUGACAUUUAGCUUCAUAGGUUUAAUUAUCACCGAGGUAAUUCCAGUAGUUAGUAUAUUGUAUUGUUUUAAUCCAAAUGAUCAAAAUAACAAUAAUAAUCAUAGUAGCAAAGAGGGUAUUAAAAGAUAUAAAAAUGGUAAAUAUAAAGUUGGUAAAUCUAAAAAUACCUCUAAACUUUCUGAAAAUAGUUCGGCAAUUUCAAAUACCACGAGUACUACAGAUGAAACAACCAAUUCUUCAAUAAUAAACAUUAGUAACACAUAA